CAAAAACCAAAUGGCAAGAUCCAAUGCACAAAACCUCUUAUCAAGUUUAGCGUUGAGGAUUUGAGAGUGGUCUCGGUACUUUCACCUGCAUUCAUUCCUUCUUCAACCCUCACCAUCAAACUUUCGACCUUGUCUCUUCAAUGGCGGCCAUUUCCGCAAGCACUUCCCCAUCCCUUCGCUGCAUGAGAUCAACAUCCUCCGAUUCUUCCCCAUCUCUCAUACCCUUGACUCGUGUUUCGUUCCCAGCGAAGAUUUCUCACCUCUCCGGUUUAUCUCCAAACCGUGACAACGAAACAAGAAACAGAACCGAGAGAAGAAUCAUUAGAAGCUUGGACAAGAGGAUCUCGGUUGCUCCUUCGGCAACUCCAGAAUCAAAGGUGAGGAAGCACACGAUUUCAGUGUUUGUUGGAGACGAAAGCGGGAUGAUUAAUAGGAUUGCAGGAGUCUUUGCCAGGAGAGGUUAUAAUAUCGAGAGUCUUGCUGUUGGUCUCAACAGAGACAAGGCUUUGUUCACUAUUGUUGUCUCUGGAACUGAAAGGGUACUUCAGCAAGUCAUUGAGCAGCUUCAGAAGCUUGUUAAUGUUCUAAAGGUUGAAGAUAUCUCGAGUGAGCCGCAAGUGGAGCGUGAGUUGAUGCUUGUUAAAGUGAAUGCACAUCCAGAAUCCAGGGCACAGAUCAUGUGGCUAGUUGACACAUUCCGAGCCAGAAUUGUAGAUAUUGCGGAACAUGCAUUGACUAUUGAGGUAACUGGAGAUCCAGGGAAAAUGAUUGCUGUAGAAAGAAAUUUGAGAAAGUUUCAGAUCAGAGAGAUUGUCAGGACAGGAAAGAUAGCACUGAGAAGGGAAAAGAUGGGUGCUACUGCUCCAUUUUGGCGAUUUUCAGCAGCGUCCUAUCCAGAUCUCAAGGAACAUGCGCCUGUUAGUGUUCUACGAGGUAGCAAAAAAGGAGCUGUGGUCUCUCCAACUGAAAAAACAACAGGGGGAGAUGUUUAUCCUGUUGAGUCAGCUUCUGACCUAAUGGUACAUCGUGUUCUUGACGCUCACUGGGGACUUCUCACUGACGAAGAUACGAGUGGACUACGGUCACAUACUCUAUCUUUGCUUGUAAACGAUGCUCCAGGAGUCCUUAAUAUUGUUACUGGUGUUUUCGCUCGAAGGGGAUACAACAUUCAGAGCUUGGCUGUAGGACAUGCUGAAACAGAGGGCAUUUCACGCAUUACAACAGUUGUUCCUGCAACAGAUGAAUCAGUCAGCAAAUUGGUGCAGCAACUUUAUAAACUCGUAGAUGUGCAUGAGGUUCAUGAUCUUACUCAUUUGCCAUUUGCUGAAAGAGAACUGAUGCUGAUUAAGAUUGCUGUGAACGCUGCUGCGAGAAGAGAUGUCCUGGACAUUGCUAGUAUUUUCAGAGCAAAAGCUGUUGACGUAUCUGAUCAUACAAUUACUUUGCAGCUUACUGGGGAUCUUGACAAGAUGGUUGCACUGCAAAGGUUGUUGGAGCCCUACGGUAUAUGUGAGGUUGCAAGAACAGGGCGUGUGGCAUUGGCCCGUGAAUCAGGAGUGGACUCUAAGUAUCUUCGUGGGUACUCUUUUCCCUUAACAGGUUAA